CACACAGCAACAUAAUAAAAGCUCUCUCUUAUUACACUCAAAACAUUAGCCGAAGAAGAAGAAGAAGACAUCUUCUUAGCUCAGCUCACUAUGGCUUUGAUGAAGACGGCGACGACGACGAGUGGUAUGUGGAUGACGGAUGAUUGCAAGAGAUCGUUCAUGGAGAUGAAGUGGAAGAAAGUGCACCGAUACGUCGUUUACAAACUCGAGGAGAAGUCUCGCAAAGUCACCGUCGACAAAGUCGGUGCCGCCGGCGAGAGCUACGACGAUCUCGCCGCUUCUCUGCCUCAAGACGACUGCCGCUACGCCGUCUUCGAUUUCGAUUACGUCACUGUCGACAACUGUCGCAUGAGCAAGAUCUUCUUCAUCACCUGGUCACCGGAGGCGUCGAGGAUAAGGGAGAAGAUGAUGUAUGCAACGUCAAAGAGCGGGCUGAGAAGAGUGUUAGACGGCGUUCACUUCGAGCUUCAAGCCACCGAUCCAACCGAGAUGGGCUUCGAUAAAAUCAAGGACCGGGCUAAAUAAACCAUAACCGGAGUUACUACUUACUCGCUGUUAAUUAUUAACAGUUAUGAGCAGCAAUUAAUUAUCUAUUAAUCUUUAUUUUAGUGCUUAAUCAACCUUCUUCCCUUUUGUUGUCAAAACCAAGUAAUUUCCUUCCUUUUUGUUGACAAUAGUUCUAAACUAUUUUUAGUGUUUCAAUUUUAAUUGUUGAAUGGUAUUUUGUUUCUUUUUGUA